UAAUGUAUAGGAAUUUUGUUUUUGUUUACACCGUUAUUGCGCAUGCGUAAUCGUUACCCAAACUCUUCGCGUUAAAUUAAUUUGAAGAUCCAUUAGUUGUCUAUAAAAAAAUGGCACACUACAAAGGCGCUGCAUCAGAAGCUGGAAGAGCUUUCAGUUUGAUGAAGAAACGCCAGAAAGAACAUCAAGAGCUGGAAGCAAAAAAGAAAAAAAUUGAAGAGGAAUUAAAAAUUGGUAGCAUUCAGAACAAAUUUGCAGCUCAUUAUGAUGCCGUUGAACAGCAACUCAAAUCAAAUACUAUUGGGUUGGUUACUCUGGAUGAAAUGAAAGCAAAGCAAGAAGAUGUGGUAAAACAACGUGAAAAGCAACUUGCCAAAAAAGAUGCUGAAGCUCGGCAGUAUGCAAAGCAACAGGAAGAGAAAAGACGGUAUGAGAAAAUGAAGAGAGCAGCUUUGUCAUUUGACCCUGAUGAAGGUGAUGAUGAAGAUAUAUCUGACUUGGAGGAAGAACUCCCAGAAAUUGAUUUCACAACAGGGAAAUUGAAAAGAAAACGUCUUGGAAAGAAUCCUGAUGUUGACACAAGCUUUUUACCUGACCGUGAUCGAGAAGAAGAAGAGAACAAGUUGAGGGAACAGCUUCGUCAAGAAUGGGUUGCUAAACAAGAAAAAAUUAAAAACGAAGAGAUUGAAAUUACUUACAGUUACUGGGAUGGUUCUGGUCAUCGCCGACAAGUGAAAAUGAAGAAAGGCAACAGUAUACAGCAGUUCCUGCAACGGUGUUUGGAGAAUUUACGUAAAGAGUUCAAUGAUUUGAAAUCUAUCACAGUCGAUCAGUUGAUGUACGUCAAAGAAGACUUAAUCAUCCCACAUCAUUACACAUUUUAUGAUUUCAUUGUGACAAAAGCUCGGGGCAAAAGUGGACCCCUCUUCAAUUUUGAUGUGCAUGAAGAUAUCCGUUUGAUCAAUGAUGCCACUGUGGAGAAAGAUGAAUCACAUGCUGGCAAAGUUUGCUUGCGUAGCUGGUAUGAAAGGAAUAAGCAUAUAUUCCCAGCAUGUCGAUGGGAACCAUAUGACCCUGAGAAGAAAUGGGACCAAUAUACUGUUUCUGAUAAAAAUGCUGCAAGGAUUACAGUAAAAUGAACUCUUGUUUCUUGCAUAGAUUUAAUAUCGCAUGUCUCUUUGAUCUUUAAAAUUAUUUUAUACAUGUGAA